CUCGGGAAAAGUGGAGCCGGGAGGAGCGGGCGGCGCGGAGGGUGGGGAUUGAUGCUCCCGGGCUUUGCGGCCGCUGCUGCCCUCGCGCUGGGGGCCGCGCCGGGGGGCAGGCGGUGGAGAGAUGCUCGCAGAGUUGGUGAGCAGCGCUCUGGGGCUCGCCUUGUACCUCAACACCUUGAGCGCCGACUUCUGCUACGAUGACAGCCGUGCUAUCAAGACGAACCAGGACCUUCUCCCAGAAACUCCGUGGACGCACAUUUUCUACAAUGAUUUCUGGGGGACUCUUCUAACUCACAGUGGCAGCCACAAGUCCUACCGGCCGCUCUGCACGCUUUCUUUCCGCCUGAACCAUGCCGUUGGGGGCCUGGAUCCCUGGAGCUACCACCUGGUCAACGUCCUGCUGCACGCAGCCGUCACCGGGGUCUUCACAAGCUUCUCGAAGACACUCCUUGGGGACGGAUGUUGGACCUUCAUGGCUGGCCUGCUGUUCGCCUCUCACCCCAUCCACACGGAGGCCGUGGCAGGAAUCGUGGGCCGGGCCGACGUCGGGGCCAGCCUCUUCUUCCUCCUGUCCUUGCUCUGCUACAUUAAGCACUGCUCUACCAGAGGCUCCUCGGCCAGGACGUGGGGCUGGUUCCUGGGGACGGGCCUCUGCGCAGGAUGCAGCAUGCUGUGGAAGGAGCAGGGGGUGACCGUGCUGGCCGUGUCCGCAGUUUAUGAUGUCUUUGUCUUUCACAGGCUGAAAGUGAAGCAGAUCUUACCUGCCAUCUGCAAAAGGAAGAACUUGUCUCUUUUCCUCAGCAUUAGUUUGUUAACUUUCUGGGGGACUUCCCUUUUGGGGGCCCGCUUAUACUGGAUGGGAAACAAGCCACCAAGCUUUUCCAACUCUGACAACCCAGCUGCCGACUCGGAUAGCCUGUUGGCCCGGACGCUCACUUUCUUCUACCUGCCAACCAAGAACCUGUGGCUGCUGCUAUGCCCAGAUACACUCAGUUUUGAUUGGUCAAUGGAUGCUGUGCCUCUGCUCAGAACAGUCUGCGAUUGGAGAAACCUGCACACUGUGGCCUUCUACACGGGACUCCUGCUCCUCGCCUACUAUGGCUUGAAGAGCCCAGGCGUGGAACGGGAGUACAACGGGAAAGUGGUGACAAAUGGCAAGCAGAAUGCCAAUGGCCAUAGCUGCCAUUCGGACGGGGAGUACCGGAACUCGGAGAGUAAGCCCAGCCUUGCAGCCAAAGCAGAAAAUGGCAUUAAAAAUAAUGCAGCGCAGAGAUCUCCACUUCCUUCUACGGAGAACAUUGUUGUGCUCUCUUUAUCUUUGUUAAUAAUACCCUUUGUUCCUGCCACCAACCUGUUUUUCUAUGUGGGCUUUGUAAUUGCCGAGCGCGUGCUGUACAUCCCUAGCAUGGGCUUCUGUCUCCUUGUUACAGUGGGUGCCAGAGCCCUUUAUGUCAAGGUCCAAAAGCGGUUCCUCAAGAGCUUGAUUUUUUAUGCCACGGCCACAUUGAUUGUUUUCUAUGGACUCAAGACUGCGAUCAGGAACGGAGAUUGGCAGAAUGAGGAAAUGCUGUAUAGGUCAGGGAUAAAAGUAAACCCAGCUAAAGCAUGGGGUAACCUUGGAAAUGUUCUGAAGAGUCAGAGCAAGAUUUCUGAAGCUGAAAGCGCCUAUAGAAAUGCUUUGUACUACCGUAGCAACAUGGCUGACAUGCUUUAUAAUUUAGGGUUACUUCUACAGGAGAACAGCAGGUUCGCAGAAGCAUUACAUUAUUACAAAUUGGCGAUCGGAAGCAGGCCUACACUGGCUUCUGCGUAUUUAAACACCGGUAUUAUUCUCAUGAACCAAGGAAAGACAGAAGAAGCCCGACGCACGUUCCUCAAGUGUUCUGAGAUUCCUGAUGAAAACCUAAAGGACCCUCAUGCACAUAAGAGUUCAGUUACCAGCUGUCUCUACAACCUGGGGAAACUCUAUCAUGAGCAGGGACACUACGAGGAUGCCCUUAGCGUAUACAAGGAAGCAAUUCAGAAAAUGCCAAGGCAGUUUGCUCCACAGAGCUUGUACAACAUGAUGGGUGAAGCAUACAUGCGAUUAAGCAAACUCCCUGAAGCAGAGCAUUGGUAUAUGGAAUCCCUGAGAUCCAAGACUGACCACAUCCCUGCUCAUCUUACGUAUGGGAAACUGCUAGCUCUAACAGGUCGUAAGAGUGAGGCUGAAAAGUUCUUCUUGAAGGCUAUUGAGCUGGAUCCCACCAAAGGAAACUGUUACAUGCAUUAUGGUCAGUUUCUCCUGGAAGAAGCUCGCCUUAUAGAAGCCGCUGAGAUGGCAAAAAAAGCAGCUGAGUUGGACAGCACAGAGUUUGAUGUGGUCUUCAGUGCUGCCCACAUGCUCAGACAGGCUAGCCUUAACGAAGCCGCCGAGAAGUAUUAUGAUCUGGCAGCCAGACUAAGACCUAAUUAUCCGGCGGCUCUGAUGAACCUGGGGGCUAUUCUCCAUCUCAAUGGGCGCCUCCAGAAGGCUGAGGCCAACUACCUGAGGGCUCUGCAGCUCAAGCCUGAUGACGUCAUCACGCAGUCCAAUCUCCGCAAACUGUGGAAUAUCAUGGAAAAGCAAGGUUUAAAGACUUCCAAGACCUGACACAGGAGGGCAGUACCUCGUCCUCCUCCAUAUUUUAAAGCUGGCUUCAUUAAUGAACAGAACUUACCAGCAGUGCUAUGACAAGAGCUAGUAAGGACUUCAGGACGGGGGCAGAGGUCACUGAGGUCACUGCCACUUCUGGGAGUAUUCGCUUUGCUGUUGGCACAGCCGUUAACACCAAAAAGGGGAACAUUGGAAACUUCCUGAAGGAUGUAAUUGUUACCCAUAGAACUAUAAACCAGAGCACUUAAAACAGGA